CAAAUGUUUUAUAUUUAAAUUCAACCGAAACAUACUGUGCCUGACAAGGAUGAGGAUUAAUUUAACUUCUCGUAAUGCGGUUCGGUAGCUAUGAAAAUCACAUCGAUAACGCCUCGCGUUAUACACCAUUUCUCCCUUCUACUCGCUCCGCGUUAUCGAUUGUUACGAACGCGCCACCUGAUAAUGCGUUAAAUGUGCAGUUCUUUUAACCGAAAUCGCAUACCCUUGCGUUCACUUGCCGAAAGAAGCGAGAGCAACGUCUGAUCGUGAUCAUGUGCGCCAUGCAAAAUUAACGUGCGCUUCGAACACACCGCGGCAUGGAGAUACGACAGACACACAGAUAUCUAUUCUAACAUAUCAGUAUGGAAGUGGAAGAUUGAAAGCGUGAUAGAAUGGAAUCCAGGAUGCCAGUAAAGUACGACGAUUCUUAAGUUCAGGAUGGAGCUCAGAAAAGGGCCUUGGUCGAAAAAGAUCUUGGUUCCAGCCUUCUUUUUGGUAAUUCUCAUCUGGAUCUUUCUAAUCGACAAUUCGUUGCUCCUCGCUGGCCUGUCUGGUAAACCGACCUUGCAAAAACCCAGAAAUUCCGUUUCGUCUACGCACACGCACAAUCAGUAUCUGGACCAUCUCUAUACGAAGGAACCCUCUUUGAUAAACAAUGUCCAAUCGAAACAUUCAAAGGUAUCGAAACUCCAAGUGGUAUCGCUUUGGACAGGCAACAACAGCGUUAAAGGAAGCUCAGGAAUCUUGCAAAAAUAUCAGGUCUUGAAGCAACAAGGUUUAAUGCCCAGCAAACAAUUGCCAACUGCACUGAUAAUCGGUGUCAAGAAGGGCGGGACUAGGGCAUUGUUAGAGUUUCUGAGGUUGCAUCCCGCUAUUCGAGCCGCUGGCUCUGAGGUGCAUUUUUUCGAUCAUCAUUACGUCAAGGGAUUUCAUUGGUACAGGCACCGAAUGCCUCCGACGUUGGCCACGCAGAUCACGAUGGAGAAGACGCCAUCUUACUUCGUGACGAACGAAGUACCGCGGAGAGUUCAACGCAUGAAUCCGACGAUGAGGUUAAUUCUUGUGGUGAGGGACCCCGUUACACGCGCGAUAUCCGAUUACACGCAAGUGAGCAGCAAACGAGCGAACAUGCCGAGAUUCGAGGACCUGGCGUUCCUAAAUGGUUCGAAGAUCGUGGACACGUCGUGGGUGCCACUGAAAAUCGGGGUGUACGCGCGACACCUGGAAAGGUGGCUCCAAUACUUCUCGCUGUCGCAGUUUUUGUUCGUCUCGGGCGAGAGACUGAUCGUCGACCCUGUAGCCGAGAUCACGAGGGUGCAGGAUUUCUUAGGCCUGAAGAGAGUCAUCUGCGAGAAACACUUUUAUUUCAACGCCACCAAGGGAUUCCCUUGUCUGCUCAAAUCCGAGGAACGUCCUACACCCCAUUGCCUUGGUAAGAGCAAGGGUCGUAGUCAUCCUUACAUAGACCCCGUAGCCAUACAACGAUUGAGAGAUUUUUAUCGUCCGUUCAACCAACGUUUCUAUCAAUUGACAGGGAUGGAUUUCGGUUGGUUGUGAGAACAAUGCGAUAAGUGAAUACAUAUCGAAGAUAGUCCAGUAAAAACAUAGUCAAUUUCUAAUACGUCACGCGCUUGCAGAUACCGUUAGCUUGCACGACGAGUAAUUCAACGAAUAAUUAAUGAUACUCUUUUACGUUCGUUUACCAUCCGUUCUUAUGCGACUCGAUGUAUUUUUUUCAGGGUGUAAACGAUAAACUUUGGCAGAAAUCAUAGGGUAAGUAGAGGUGUCCCAUAGGCAAGUAUUUUGAGCAUGGGAAUUGCACCAGUAAAG